AUGACUGGUGAUGCAUCACAGUUCAUCAAGCUCAAGCCAAAAACAAGCGGAAAUGUUACUUUUGGAGACGAUAAUAAAGCCAAAACUGUUGGCAUUGGUGAUGUUGGUAAAAAUGAAAUUGAUUUAAAGAAUGCUGAUACUCAAGACAGUCCAACUGGAGAAGUGAAUGACAGAGAUACCACUACUCCCAAUGAUCUUCCAAGAACCUGGAAAUUUGUCCAGAACCAUCCCAGGGAGCUUAUAAUUGGUGAUCCAUCUGAAAAGAUGGAAGAGCAGAACUCUGAAGGAAACACAGUUGGUGGAAAUGAGGAACCAGAACGGGCUACCCACGAUGAUGAAACUGUCACAAGGACAUCUGAUGGUCUCAUGAUGACCAUGACCCCUGCCCAACAAUCUUCUUUCAUUGAAGAAAGGAACCUGCUUGUGCCUCCAAUACCUGAAAACAAUGAAAAUGCUCAUCAGAAAGAGCCAAGACCUGAGCCCACAGGGCCAACUACUGGUACUGAGGCCACACCAGCUUCCAGCUCUCAGCCCAAGGAUAAAGGCAAGGCUCCAACUACUGAGAAGGCAUAUGAAGAAGACGAUGAAGAAACUGAGGAAGAAGUGGCUCCUGAACAGUUUCGUCUGGCUAGGAGGAGGCUUGGAUCAUCUAAAAUUACUAUCUAG